CCCCCGUUAUUUUUGUCUGGUCUCCCCGUCUCCACUCACUUUUCUUAUCCCCAGCCCCUUCUUCCUCCGACUUCUCCCUCCACCACCUGGGUUAAUCACCCUCUUGUUGUUCAGUUAUCUUUGUUGGCUUAGUCGGCGCAUUCUCUCUUUUGGGAUUUGAAUCGAUUGUUUUUGGUUUCACUUCUGUCUCUUUUGCAUUUCACCAUGACCAGCGUGAAGGACGCAGUCAAGGAGUCCUUGGUCGGCAGCUCCUCGGAGCCUCAGCCGUCGCAGCAGAUCAAGAGUCAUUUCCUGCGCCACGCACGCAAAGAUGAGGCAUCAGGAGAUCUUUACAUGACGGAGGACGACUUCAUCGAUGCGAUCGCUCCCAAGCACGAGGACUAUCACAAGAUCAAACGCGAACACUAUGGGAUUUUGUUCCUCGUUGCCGACAGGCGGAGAACUGGAAAGCUCACUCUCGCCGAUUGGGCUACCUUCGAGAACCUCCUGGGCAAACCGGACGCCGAGUAUGAAAUCGCCUUCCGCCUCUUUGACACAGAAGGAACUGGCUCGGUGAAGUGGGAGAACUUCCAGCACUUUUACAACCUGAACAAAACUAGCGACAGCAUACCUUUCGAUUGGAACUCAGAAUGGGCCUCCCUGUACACUGGACGGACAAAGACCAGGCAUGAUAUGACGUAUCCCCAGUUCGCUCAGAUGCUUCGCGGUCUGCAAGGCGAGCGCAUCAGACAGGCCUUCCACGUGUUUGACAAGGACGGUGAUGGUUACAUUGAACCCGAGGACUUCCAGCGCAUCAUUCUUGAGACGUCGAAACACAAGCUGUCCGACUAUGUUCUCGAGAAUCUCCCCAGUCUGUGCAACAUCUCGACUGGCACAAAGAUCUCCUAUGCUACCGUUCGUGCUUUCCAGAACAUCAUGCGCGAAAUGGACAUGAUCGAUGUCAUUGUCCGCGAAGCGAGCAAGAAGAGCACCGAUGGCAAAAUCACGCGCGCUGAUUUCCUCAACGAGGCUGCCCGCGUCACUCGCUUCUCUCUGUUCACUCCGAUGGAGGCCGAUAUCUUGUUCCACUUUGCUGGACUGGACGCGCCUUCGGGACGCCUUUCGCAGAAGGACUUCGCCAAGGUUAUUGACGCUUCAUGGCGCAUGCCCUUCGCGGUUGCUGGUCAAGCGGCAACGAUCGCCUCGGACAAGGCUCAUCAGGUGGCUGACAAGACCAAGUCGGUCCUUUACAACGUUCUCGAGUCCGUGCACCAUUUCGCACUCGGCAGUAUUGCGGGUGCCUUCGGUGCCUUCAUGGUUUACCCCAUUGACCUUGUGAAGACUCGCAUGCAGAACCAGCGAUCAACCCGUGUGGGAGAGAGACUGUACAACAACUCGAUCGACUGUGCCAGGAAAGUUAUACGUAACGAGGGAUUCCUCGGACUGUACUCUGGUGUCAUCCCUCAAUUGAUUGGUGUUGCUCCCGAAAAAGCCAUCAAAUUGACGGUGAAUGAUCUUGUUCGUGGACAUUUCACCAACAAGGAGAAUGGAAAGAUUUGGACCGGCCAUGAGAUCCUGGCUGGUGGUACUGCAGGAGCCUGUCAAGUUAUCUUCACCAACCCCCUAGAGAUCGUCAAGAUUCGUCUGCAGGUUCAGGGUGAAAUUGCUAAGUCCGUCGAGGGGGCUCCGCGUCGCUCUGCCCUCUGGAUCGUGAAGAACCUGGGUUUGGUCGGUUUGUACAAGGGUGCAAGUGCCUGCCUGCUUCGCGAUGUUCCCUUCUCCGCGAUCUACUUCCCGACAUACGCUCAUCUCAAGUCCGACUUCUUCGGGGAAUCCCAGACCAACAAGCUUGGUGUUGUGCAAUUGUUGACUGCCGGUGCCAUUGCUGGUAUGCCUGCUGCUUAUCUCACUACGCCUUGCGAUGUCAUCAAGACCCGCUUGCAGGUGGAAGCCCGUAAGGGCGAAGUCGGAUACACCGGCCUCCGUCAUUGCGCCGCCACCGUCUGGAAGGAAGAAGGCUUCAAGGCCUUCUUCAAGGGUGGCCCUGCCCGUAUUCUUCGUUCAUCUCCACAGUUUGGUUUCACAUUGGCUGCAUAUGAGGUUCUCCAAAAGAUGCUUCCCAUGCCCGGCGAUCACGAGGAGGUCUCGCCCGCUGGACACGUCGAACCCGGCGUCGGCCUGACCACUGCCAAGGCACCGCUUCCCUAUCUCCGAUCCAGAAACGCUCUUAAGCUGAUCUUGGACGUCGACGAGAACAUUGGCCGCGUUCGGGUCCCCACCGCAGAGCGCUGGCCCAAGUUCCUGCAACCAUCCCAGCAACAAUAGACACGUACGACCUUUGUUUACAUAGCGAUGAUUGGCUUUCUCUUUCUAAUUUCCCCUUUGUCUUGAAUGAAAAUAGUGUUUGUUUCACCCUACCCCAUUUCAUUGCAGCCCUUCCCGUUGUCACUGGAUCUUUUCUUGGCCUGGUUGGAGCAAUGACCGCUUCUCGCUGGUUCCUCCAAGUUCCAUGUCCACAUCCACACUACUACAUGUAACAAAAGCAGAUAGACUCGAGAGGAGACUCUUGUUACCAGACCGCUGUUUGGGUAUCUAGACCUUUUUCUUAUUGACCUCGCCGACGUCUGCAGUCCUUCGGUGAUUUCCACAUCUGUUGUCUGUUCCUCUUUCCACAUACAUAAGGACGUCACAUAUCGGUGUACAGGUACCUGAUUUGGUCAUCUCUAUCCUCAAAAAUCAAUCAACUAGAAGGUUUCGAGAAUACAUUCAUGUGAUCAUACUGC